AUGCGGGCGUCCCUCCUUGCUUUUGGCUUCAUAGCCAGCACUGCAUUUGCAUCCCGCACAACUCUUCCACAAGGAUGGUUCACUUUCCAGCCCGGUGAGAAGCUUAAGCCUACCCAAUUCCACGGCCGUCCACGGUAUCUCACUUGGAUGGCCGACUCUCAGAUGCAGCACGGAGUUGAGCCCACUCUUGCUUACACCGUCUCUGCAUACUACUCCGGAAUCCUUCGUGCUUAUGAGCGAACCGGUAGUAAGAAGUAUUUUGACUAUGUCAAGCGUGGCGCGGAUAUCCUUUUAUACCCUGAGCAUGAUGGCACUGUUCUUAUGUAUAAUAAUAGCAACUCAAUUGAUGAUAUUCGGAUCGGUCAUACAUUCUUGGAUAUGUAUAAUGCAACGGGAGACGACAUUUAUAAGAAGGCGGCAACGCACAUGCGGAAUCAGAUUGAUCGCACAGGCCGCACGCCUGAUGGAGGUUUCUACCAUCGGUUUCCGGCGUAUAUCGACCAGAUGUGGCUUGAUGGCUUCUAUAUUCUGGAUUUUUUCUACGCGCGCUGGACCCACGAGUUUGAACCCAAUAACAAUACCGCAUGGGACGACAUUGCUCUGCAGUUUGACCUCAUCGAUGCAGGCACGCGGUCAAGCAACCAUACCAAUGGUCUGCCUGUUCAUGGAUUCGAUUACAGCAAGACUCAGGUCUGGGCUGAUCCUGAAACUGGAGCUGCACCCCAUGUUUGGAGUCGCGGUGUAGGUUGGUACAUCAUGGCGCUAGUGGACACUCUCGAUUACUUUCCCGAAAAGCACAAAGGACGUAACCGCCUGCUUAAGUAUCUCCGAACCCUCGCUGAUGCGCUUGUGGUAUCCCAAGACAAGGCCACCAAGGGCUGGUGGCUCGUUAUGGACCCUGGUUUGGAACACAAGUCCGGCAACUACAUUGAAAGUUCAGGAACAGCCAUGUUUGUCGCCAGUCUUUUCAAGGCUUCUCGCAUGGGUUAUAUCAAGGGUGACAGCUAUCUGAAAACAGCUUUGGAUGGUUAUGGUUUGAUGACUACUGCCUUUGCUCAGCCUCGCCCGCAUGACGGUUCGUUGGCCUGGGAGUGGACUGUUCAGACAGGCAGCUUGAGCUCCAAUGGCACAUUUGAGUACUACACCAGCAUGCCUCUAUUUGAGAACGAUCUCAAGGGCGUGGCCACAUUCUUAUUUUCAAGCCACGAGUAUGAACUAUACCGCACUAAGGCUUCGUUGGAUGUAAAUCGCAAGGCUUUAGUCAGCAGAGUGAAACAUUGA